CCAGACCUUAAAUAGCACCAUACCAGCAGCUCAAAUCCGGUUUAAGCUCUGGCCACAGGCUAUAGCCACCCUGCCUGCGCCUCAUUAUCACAAACGAUCUCUGGAAGGCGAUAUCUCGAUGCAUAGUCUCUGAAUAAAUGCCUCGAUUUGCAAGGAACCGACUCAGCUCACUCGUGUGCGGCCAGCCUUGCAGCCAUGGCGGCUCAGCCUCCCGACGAGAACAUCGAGCAGAUGGUUAUAAUGGCUAGCAUAUCGAGAGAUGAAGCUAUUCGAAGACUAAAGGGCAACAAUAAUGAUUUGAACCUCGCCUUAAAUGAGUUCUUCGAUAACCCGGACAGCACAAAGUACAACUGGGAGGAAGGCGCGUUCAAGGGUGAUCGGGAUGGGGCACCGAACAACAAUACUGGAAUAUCUUUCCAGGUCCAGGGAGCUGAUGAUCCAGGCGGUGGAAGCUUUUAUGGUGCGCCCACGAGGCCUCCGUCACGAUCAAGCAACAUGUCGCCUCUCGGCAGAAUUAUAUCGUUGGAUAAAGAACACGCCGCAGCUGAUCCCCGAGCCACUCUAGCUCAAGACGAAAUCGUUGAUAUCGACCUACAAAGAGCGUUGGCACAAUCAGCACAAGAGGCCGGGAUCCCCCCGCAACAAUACGGAGUCACACAAGGGCCGGUGCAAUUCGGGCCAGCGAACAAGCCCACAUAUGAUGAAAAUCAAUGGGGCAUGGUCCGGGGAAACAGUUCUGUCCAAGAUUUUUUUCCAGAUCCAGAUGCUGUCGAUCGGAAGAGAGAGGAUAGCAUGCCUGUUUUUUUGAAGCCCAGUGCAGAAAACAACCGCUUGGCGGCGAUGUUGACAAUAUAUCAUGAGAUUCCUCUGGUGCGAGAGAUCCUUCUGGACCGGGCCAACCUAAUACCUAAUUAUGGAAACGACCCUGGUUGGUGGGCGGGCAAAGCCAUCGAGCUACCGGAUUCAGCCAUACCUGAAUCCAACGAUGUGGAUUGGGGCUUGCCUACUCCACAAGACUACGACGAGUUUAUUCGGGAAACUCAACGGCUGAUGGCCUUUCUUGAUAAAUCGGAUCGGAGCUACGGCUCAGCGGAACCUUUAGUGAAUAAUGCUGCUUUAAGACAAUUCCAGGCCAUCGACGCUGAGCAGAAAUUCUUCGAAGCAUUAAAUCAAAUAUAUUCCAAGCCCGAUGAACGGGUACCCAUCUCGUCUCUCUUCUCGGAGGCGGUACAGCCAGGUUUAGGCGAAUCAUCUCUGCAGUCGAGAUAUUUUGCGAUGUUGGACCUCGAAAUACCGCAUAUUAGUAUAGUGGAGGACGUGGAGACACUUUAUGAUCUUGCCGACUAUGCCCUUUGGAUGAUGUCAGGUCUGGAGACAAAUACAAGGGCGUUUCUCAAAGAAUUGGGAGAAGUAAUGGCCUUCCGUAUAACAGGUAACGAUGAUGGUAAAGGCAUAAAGAUACCAGCUACUUGGUAUCCAGAUCGCUAUAUGGAGAGUAACGUCGAGGCUUCUCUUGAGAUGUCGAAAAGGAAGGAUGCUAUCCGAGACCGUAUGAACAAAAUAUGCGCCUUAGAGAAUAAGCUUACGAACUACACGUUCCCAAUGCUAAAGACGGUCAAAGUUAAAGACUUGCUCGGUGCUUCAAUGAAGCAUGACAAAGAUUUACUACCAAACAGUUUGAACGGUACUGAUUCGGACUCGUUCGAGACGGAGCUGAGUUCCGAAACAAGACCGACUCAACGACUGGACAUCUCUGCGGAACUUAAGAACGUGCUGGAAAGCAUUGACAAGAAAUUGAAAGCACUUACUGAUGAAAAGGAGAAAGCUCGGGAGAGCCUCCGAGAACUAUCCAAACUCUACACCAAACCUGACACUGAGGUUGGUCAGCCGCCAAUACACAAAUACACGUUGUGCGGAGUCUCGAUUUCGAAUCACAUUACCUAUGUACGGAGGAGAGCGGAACCUGAUCUCAUUGAAAUGGAUCUAGAUGCAGACGGAACCGCGAAGGAUGCCGAUCAAUGGUGGAAGAUUGAGUACUCGCCGUCGGGUUCUCGGCAGGUGAAUGUUGUUAAAGCCACACAAACCGAAGUACUAUUUGCAGCCAGUAAAGAGACUCAAUGCUGCAUCAUCGUGUACGCUAGCGAAGCAGCACUGGCUGAACCCCGCCGCCCGUUGCCAGAACCUCUUGAAAACUUUGUUCGCGCCGACAACCUGGCGUUCCGUGCGGAGUUUUCAACGAAUCCCGAGCUAAUUGAUACCUCAACGGAUACCACCUCGCCUCGAUCGCCGCCGAAGCGAAAGUUCAACUCGGGUUCCGAGGAUUCUUCAGCUGAGGAUGGAAACCGAAGUCUCUGGGGGGGGUUGAACCCAGCCCCUCAGUUCAAAAUAGAUGGCGGCGCCUCCGCAACGACCCACGAACAGUAUCAAGCAGCUUGGGAUAGUACAGAUGAUCAUUCCGAAAUCAGCCAACAAAGGCAAGACGUAGUCAUGGAGAAAGACGGGCAGGAGAGUGGUAUCGAAACGCCACAACUUUCAGACGGGAAGUCAGUCGAGAUGGAGGCAAAGAGCUGUAUGCCUAUGUUGAUCCCUGCUUUAUGUAACAGCUCUGAAGGUAGGGCUAAUGCCAGCGAUGGUAUGGACGUUGAUGACUUGCCUGCCCAGGCCUUGGAUAAGGCAUAAGGUUCGGGGGGCAGUGUGCUGCCAGCUGCAUAUAUGGCGCUGGGUGGGCGCAAGCGUUACUUGUAAUUUUUAGUCGUAAUAUAAUGAAACAUACGAUGAACUUACCACCCC